CAUUUUCCUCUUUAGAAAGUUGCAUAGUUUAUUAGUUCGCACAAUCUCCUUCUCUCAUGUGUAACCUCUCCUUCUUUAAAUGUCCUUCUAUUUUUGGCAAACUAUAUUUUCUUCUAUCCGUUUUCACACCAAACUCAGAAGCUUUCUAAUCCAAUACAGUUACGAAUUUGGAUUUGAAUACGGAGGUAAUGAGUAAUUUCUAUUAUUGGUCUCUCGUUUAUUAUCAACGUAUUUUGGGAUAUAUCAUUCUUAUUUACCUUUUGGUAUCCUUUUUUUGAGACCUUUUAGCAAAUACCUGAGUUGUUUUCCUCUUCGUGUUCUUUUUUGCAACCGGAGUAAUUUAGUGUUACGCACAAAGAAGGUUGAAAUAUGUUCAGGUUGUGAAGGAGAGGUGGUUUGUACAAGUGUUGGGGUCUUAGAGGAAUUCGUCACCUGGUUAUUCAUGAAAUCAAGGAUCAAGAGCAUGUGAGGGGAGAAGAUUUCCAGAAUCUGUGUUAUCUACGCUGUGGUUGCUUUAACAAGGUUGGCAUAUUCGUUUUCUUACAGAAUCUUUCUGAAUAAGUGAAGGAAUGCUUUUAUGCUAUGUAAUUUAGUGCAGAGUGGUGGUUUAAUGGGUGGAAAAAAAUGGAUAGGAAGGGAGAGGGGCUAGGUGUCGUAGAAAGAGACGGAAAAGAAGAUGAACUAGGUGUCAUAAAAGAGAACAUGAAAGAGGAGGAGCUAGGAGUUGUAGAAACGGACAUAGAGGAAGACGAGGUAGGUGUUGUAGAAAGUGACACAAAAGAAAAAGAGCCAAGUGAUUUGGAGACAAACACGAAAAAAGAGUUUAGUAUUGUAAAAAGUGAUCCAAAAGAAGUAGAGCCAAGUGUUCUAGAAAGUGAUAUAAAAGAAGACGAGUCAAGUGAUUUCCAAACAGAGCCAAAACCAGAUAAAUUAAGUAUAUUGGAUUUGGACGAGAAAGAGGAUGAGUUACCUGUUGCGGAAAGGCAUACAAAAGAAGAUGAACCAAGUGUUGUAGAAAGAGAUAUGAAAGAAGAUGAGAUAGGUGCUUUUGGAACAGACACAAAAAGAGAUGAAUUAGGUGUUGUAGAAAGGGUGCCGGAAGAAGGCAGGCCAAGUGUUUUAGAAACGCAUACAAAAGAAGUUGGGCUUAGUUCUUUAGAAACAGACGCAAAAGAAGAUGAGUUAAGUGCGUUGGAAAUAAACAUCAAAGAAGCUGACUUGAGUGUUGUAGAAAGGGAUCAGAAUGUAGGUGAACUAAGCAUUUUGGAAAAGGAUACAAAAGACAGUGAGCCAAGUGCUUUGGAAACAAACACGAAAAAAGACAAACCAAGUGCUGCCGAAAGGGAUCUGAAAGAAGACAGGACAAUUGUUCUUGAAACGUAUACAAAAGAAGAUGAGCUAAGUUCUUUAGAAACAGACAGAAAAGAAGAUGAGUUAAGUGCAUUGGAACUAAACAUCAAAGAUGACGACUUAAGUGUUGUAAAAAGGGAUCAGAAAGAAGAUGAGCUAAGUGUUUCCGAAAGGGAUACAAAAGAUAAUGAGCCAACUUCUUUGGAAAAGAGCACGAUAGAGGAUGAGUCAAUCGCGUCAGAAGCUGGCAUAAAAGAAGAUGAAUUGGGUGUUUUAAAAAGGGAUCUGAAAGAAGAUGAAUUAAGUGACUUUGAAAGGGAUAGAACAGAAAGUAACCUUGGUGUGGAUACAAAAGAAGAUGAUGUAAUCGUUAACAAAAUGGAUAUGAAAGAGGAUACAGAAGCAGAAGAAGAUCAUCCAUCUUCUUCACACGAGGUUUUACAGCAAUUCUCGGAGGAGGCAGUUAGAGUGGCCGGAGAAGAGCUGCAAAGUGUGUGCUCCAGCAGUGCAAGCUUACCACCAGGAGGGCCUGGACACAGGCGCUGCCGAAGUGAAAUUGGCACUUUGGGACACAAACGUGGUGGUAGCUUUCAGAAAUUGAGAACCCAAGUGCAAAAGGCUUGGCGGUGGGGUAGCAAUUCACGGGAAGAAGGUGGCCCUCCAAGUUUCAACCCCGAGGUCUUGGCGAACCAAAAGCGCCAGUGGUACCAGCUUCACUCCAAGACUAUGGACCACACGAAGUAUAAGGAGCCUACCUCGCUCUUCGAACACUUUAUUAUUGUCGGGCUUCAUCCAGAAGCUAAUUUGGAAGCUGUGGAGGAAGCAUUUGCUAAAAGGAAGAAAUGGGAAAUGCAGAUGGCUAGAUCUGAAAUGAUAGAUUUCAAAAUGCUGCAGCAUCGUGGGCCUUCACUUCCGAUGUUGGAACCUCAGAUACUCUUUAAAUAUCCUCCUGGAAAGAAGUUAGCCGUUCGUUCCAAAGAUUUAGCAGCUUUCUGUUUCCCUGGAGGUGUCAAGGCAUGGCUGCUGGAACGAACGCCGUCACUUAGUGAUCUAAAUGAGCUUGUCUAUGGACAGGAGCACUUAGGAAAAGAUGAUUCAUCAUUUAUAUUUUCUCUCAAGGUAAGUUCCACUUUUUUCAUAUCAUCCAACUAUUGGGCCUCUGCAUGUGCAUUUGGUUAUUGCCUUUAUAAACUUGUUAAUGCACUUGCAUCUACCACCUUUUAUAAUGUGUGUUACAUGUGUUCUAUGUAUGUCUGGUUUUUGGUACUAUCAGUUUUUCUUCAUCAUGCUAUAUUCUUGAUUCUCCAUUUUCAGGUUCUACCAGGAAGGAUGCUUGAGUUUCUUGAUGCACCAGUUCCAUUUAUUGUUGGUAUACAAAAUAAGCCUGCUGAUUUGAAGAUAAAAUCAUCUAGUGUUGUUCAAGUUAAUGUGCUUAAGGACCAGGUGAAAAUGUAUUAUUUACCAGCACUGCCGCGAUAUAAAGAACUUAUUUCUCAGCUCAGGCCAAUCCAUGCUAGACUUUCAUGCGAGAGCUCUACUGCUAAAAGGCAUCCAGUAUAUAGGUGUAAUGAGGUGCAGGCUGAAGCUGCAAUGCAAUUUCUGGACGCCAUGAGGCAUUACCUGGAGUCUAUUUGUUCUGAUUUAAGAUCUCAUACAAUAACCAGCGUGCAAUCCAACAAUGACAGAGUUUCCUUACUUCUUAAAGAUAGCUUCAUUGAUUCUUUCCCUAUCAGGGACCGAGCAUUCAUUAAGUUAUUUGUAGACACACAGCUGUUCACUGUUCUAUCAGACUCUCGUUUGUCAAGCUUUGAGAACGAACCCUUCUAACCUAAUCCCUGCUAACAACAAUGUCAGCCAUCUGUUUCCAAUCCUGAAGUGCAGAAGCUGAUAAAAGCGAUAGAAAAUAACAGGAAACAACCUUCUUUAGUCGUCUGCAAUAACACUACAAAAUGUCGCUAAUGGCAAUGUUUUUGUAGUCCUCAACUGUGAAUUAUGCAGCUAAAGAUCUCAGGAAAUGAAUUUUGUAACAUAAGGAGAGGCAAUUGCUGAUGCCUUGCAUCAAGGAUAUUUGCAUUCUAGUACUUUUCACGAACAAUCAUCAUCCCAAUAUUUUAUCGGGGAUGUGAUUGAGGGUUCUCAAACUAUUCUGUCUCCUCUUAUUGUAAAUGUCAACAGUUCAAAUAAAAAUCUGAAGUUCCACA